UAGGUGAAAUCAAAUCUCUAAUUAAGCUAAGUUUGCUUUGUUAUUACGUUCCAUCAACUUUGAAGAUACAACUUCUUCUCUUCAAUAAUUAACAUGGAGUUUCAGUCUCCUCCAAUUUCAAAGCUCUACCUUCUUUUAUGCUUAUCUUUCAUCCUCUUACUUUCUUCUUUUCACGCUCAUGCUAGUGGUUACAACUUCAGAUUCUGUGCUGAAGAUGCAAACUAUCCUGUAAAGAUCUCUAGACUUGAAAUAACACCAAAUCCUAUUGUGCGUGCAAGACGGGCUAAGUUUAAGAUCUUCGCUGCUUCUGAUCAUGUUAUCUGUGGUGGGAAGUGGGUAAUAAAAGUUUCAUAUAUGGGACUUAUUGUCCAUAAGAAAAUGUAUGAUCUUUGUGAGGCAAUGUCCUGUCCUGUUGAUGCUACCAAAUUUACUCUUUCUCGCACCCAAAGGAUGCCCUUAUUUGCUCCACAGGGCAUCUACACCGUCGAGAUAUCAUUAAGGAACAGAAUAAAUGAGCCAUUCACUUGUAUCACCUUUAAUUUGAAAAUCGUUUCUACAUUUUUGGGAUCUAGUCUCUGAAGUGAUCGAUAAUGUACUAUUUAUCCAUAUAAGUAAAUUUGUAAUUGAUCAUAUGUGCUUAUAGUUACUACUAUACAAUGUCGAAUGUUUCAAUAAUAUUUGAUUUUAGUUUUUAUAGAAUAUAUCCAGAAGUAGUAUAACAUA